AUUUAUUACAUACCGAAAUAACUGAAAUGAAAAUGUCGUAUAUUGUCGUCAAAACACUCUUGCUCUUCAUUCUCAAUUUCCUUCCAAUAAUCGCUUGCUCCAAGUUCAUAAUUCCGGCUGAUAAAUCUGAGUUGGAAAGCUGGUUCGACGCCGCCUUGAGCGAUGCCUCCGCCGCCUCGAGCGCUCCGAAGGUGAUCAAGGUCCGGGCCCAGGGCGGCGGCGAUUUCAAGACUGUAACCGAUGCCAUAAACAGCAUCCCCGCCGGCAACAAGGAACGCGUCGUCGUUUCGAUCGGCCCCGGUAAUUAUACAGAGAAAAUAAGCAUCCCUAGUGAUAAGCCGUUCAUCACGUUGCAGGGAGACCCCAACAACAUGCCGUUCUUGGUGUUCAACGGCACGGCGGCCAAGUACGGCACGGUGGAUUCCGCAACCUUGACCGCGGAGGCCGACAAUUUCUACGGCGUCAAUUUGAAUGUAGUGAAUUCUUCACCGAGACCAGACGGAAUGAGGAAGGGAGCUCAGGCUCUGGCUCUAAGAAUAGGCGGAGACGCCUCAGCAUUCUACAACUGCAAAUUCUAUGGAUAUCAAGACACCGUCUUUGAUUACAAGGGCAGACAUUUGUUCAAAGAUUGCUAUAUCGAAGGAACUGUGGAUUUCAUCUUUGGAAGCGGCCAAUCCAUUUAUAUGAACUCGGAGAUACAUGUGAUUCCUGGAGACCCAGUGGCAUUCAUAACAGCACAUGCGAGGUCCAAUGAUUCCGAAACAAGUGCCUUUGUAUUCGUGCAUUGCUCCAUUACCGGAACAGGGCAAACUGCAUUUCUGGGAAGAUCCUGGUUUCCGUAUGCAAGGGUGGUCUACGCCAACUCCAAUCUCACCGACGUUGUCAACCCUCUUGGAUGGUCCAACAAUAUGGAUCCUAAAAACAACAGGACUGUGUAUUUCGGAGAAUUCAAGAAUGAAGGCGCGGGAUCAAAUUUGGAGAAGCGAGUAACGUUUGCUAAGAAGCUUACGGAAGAAGAGGCAAAGCCAUUCAUCACCCUUGAUUUUAUAGGCGCGUCUUCAUGGCUCAUCCCUCCUCCCAAACUCUAAUUAACCAUCGAUAUAUAUCGAGAGUCAGAGGAUUUUUUAGGACAGUAACUUAGAUUGAUUUGGAAAUUAGGACAAUAAUUUUCGGACUUGUAAAAAUAGGACACUAAUUUUUUUAGAGUAAAAAUAGGACACUAAUUAAUAAGCGUCGUAAAAAUAAGACAUUUCUCGGCCGAUAAUUGGCCGAAAAAUGUCCUGCGGAUGCAACACUUAUUAAUUAGUGUCCUAUUUUACUCUUAAAAACAAUUAGUGUCCUAUUUUUACAAGUUCGAAAGUUAUUGUCCUAAUUUCCAAAUCAAUCUAAGUUACUGUCCUAAAAAACCCUCGAACUCUAUAUAUCGAUGUGUGCUUCAUAAAUUAAUUUGAUUAGCUAGCUUUCUAAAUCACCACAGCUUCUUCUUAUUUAAUUAUUAAUAUUGUAUAAUUUGUGUAGUUAAUAAAAUUUUACAUAUCAAGUAUGUGUUUAUAUAUUAUAUAUUGUCACUCAAUAAAACAUUUCUCAAACUUCUCAA